AUGACCUCCUGGGCCCAGAGGCCCCCAGUACCGCCGCCAUCCACCUUCCAGUUCACAGAGGCCUGCUACAACACCACCAUCUACGAGAACUCCGCCAUCCGCUCGUACGUGCGCAGCGGGGUGAAGAUGGGCAUCCCCGUGGCAGUCCGACGCUCACCAUUCGCCGUCACGUUCACCAUCGAGUCGGGCAAUGAGGAGGGCAUGUUCCAAGCGGAGGACUUCAGUCUGGCAGACUUCUGCUUCCUCCGCAUACGGACUAACGGGGGAAGCUCGGCCAUUUUGAAUCGAGAGAUCAAGGACAACUACACUUUGGUCGUGCGAGCCGUGAGCAAAGGCGGCGUCGAGGCCUUCACCAAGGUCAACGUCCAGGUGUUGGAUAUGAACGACCUUCGCCCCCUCUUCUCACCCACCACCUACUCUGUCCUCGUCCCCGAGAGCAGCCCUCUGGGUGCCAGCGUUGCGCAGGUGACGGCCACGGAUGCGGACAUCGGUUCGAACGGGGAGUUCUACUACUACUUCCGGGAGCGAGCGGACCUUUUUGCCAUCCACCCCACCAGCGGAGUCAUCUCUCUCAUUGCCAGGCCUGAUAUGGCCUCGCGCCGGCGCUACGAGAUGGAUGUGCUGGCUGUGGACCGAGGGGUGAAGGUGUACGGGAGUAAUGGGGUCAGUAGCACAGCCAAAGUAAUCAUCACACUGGCGCGGAUCAAUGAGUUUGCUCCGGUGCUGAAUGCCGUGCCGCUCACCCCGUCGUUGGCAGACAGGGAACCCAUAUACGCCGUGAUUACAGUGGAGGACCUGGACGAAGGACUGAACGGGGAGAUAGAGUGGGUGUCUAUCAUAGACGGAGACCCACAGGAGCAAUUUGUUAUCGAUCGGUCGGCAAUGAGCAAAGAGUAUAGGGUUAAGAUGUCGGAGUCUGUGUCCUUGGAUACAUUUCCGUACGGUUUCAAUCUUACUCUCCAGGCCAAGGACAGGGGCGUGCCACCCAAGUAUUCCAACGUGCAGACCAUUCAGUUGUUGGUCGAGAAGCCACAGUCACUGCAGAUGAGAUUUGAGAAAGAGGUGUACAGUGUAACAAUGACAGAAAUUUCCCCACCUGGUACCAUAGUUGAGACAGUGCGAGUUUCCCCCCAGCCUAAAGGUGCUCGUUACAGCCUGGUGUUCAGUCCAGAGUCAGAUUACUUUGUUGUAAACAGCCAAACGGGUGUGCUCAGCACUGCGAGAAGUCUCUCCUCGCUAGCUCGAGACACAUUUGAGCUGGAGGUCAUGGAGCCUCGUUCAGAUUUAAAAUCAAAGGUCCAAAUAAGCAUCCUAGACGCCAAUGACAACACCCCCGUCUUUUCCAGGAAGUUCUAUGACAUAGCAAUCAACGAGAGUCUGGUAGUGGGCACUCUGAUACAAGUUAUCUCGGCCACAGAUGCAGACGCCGGGGAAAAUGGCUGUCUGACCCACAGCUUGGCUGGCGUGCUGCCAUUGCCAUUUGGCAUCGACCAAAACAGUGGCGAGCUGAGGGUAACCCAGGCACUGGACUUCGAGAGCUCUGCAGAGACAUUUAGGUUUGCGGUCAGGGCCUCCGAUUGGGGCUCCCCUUACAGAUGGGAAAGUGAGGUCAACGUCACGGUUCGCUUGCUGAACGUCAAUGACAACCCACCUGUGUUUGAGCGUGUGGCGUGCAAAGGGGUGAUCGGGCAGGACUUCCCCGUGGGGAAGACAAUCUUGACCUUGACAUCGGUGGACAUGGAUGAAAUGGAGAUGGUUAAAUAUUCGAUAAUCUCAGGGAACGAGCAGGACUUGUUCAAUCUGAACCCAGACUCUGGAAUACUGUCUCUGCGUCGCUCUCUAAUUUCGCGUGGUGUCGGGAUGGGACAGUACUCCUUGGUGGUCGUAGCGACAGACGGAGAGCUCUUUUCCGAGAGCACCUACGUGAACAUCUCUGUUGUCAGGGGUGGUGCGGCCCCCCAAAAGUUCACCUGCAGGGAUACGAAUGUUGCUGAAGCCGUUGCCGAGACGCUUCUCAAAAAAGCCACUGACAUGAACAAGCGAAGGGGGGAUGACGGUUACACAGACAUCUUCUCCGUCAACAGGCAGGCCCCACAGUUUGAGACCUUUCCCUCUGACAUCCUCGUGCCAGAGGACCUGACGAUAGGCGCAAGUGUGUUUAAAGUCAAAGCGCAGGAUGGAGACACUGGCUUCAACGGCCGUAUCGUGUACGCCAUAUCCAGUGGAAAUGUUGACAGCUGCUUCAACAUCGACAUGGAAAGUGGCUUGAUAACAGUGUACCAACCGUUAGACCGUGAAAGAAAUGACCGGUACCUGCUUAAUAUAACUAUAUACGACUUGGGCCUACCCCAGAGAGCCAACUGGAGGCUUUUGACUGUAAACAUUGAGGACGUUAAUGAUAACAGCCCCAAGUUCGUCAAGGACACAUAUACUGUCAGUGUCCCAGAGGACAGAGCCAUCGGAAGUGAGGUGCUGCAGGUGUCAGCCGAGGACAGAGACCUGGGCAUCAACGGAGCAGUAUACUACGCCUUACUCACAGGUGCUCCACAGUUCGGCAUCAGCCGAGAGACCGGCGUCGUGUACGUCGGCGCCAAACUGGACCGGGAGACCACGUCCGAAUUCACCCUGAAGGUGGAGGCCAGAGACCAAGCGGAGCAAGGAAAUCAGAUGUUCUCCGUGACAACCCUGCGGAUCUUCCUCGACGACGUCAACGAUUGUGCGCCGUUGUUCAUUCCGAGCAGCUACAGCUGCCGUGUGCUAGAAGAUCUUCCCGUCGGCGCAGUCAUUGCCUGGGUACAGACUCAGGACCGGGACCUGGGCCCAGGGGGAACCGUGAAGUACUCCUUGACCAACAACUUCUCGGGCACGUUUGAGGUUCACCGGGACAGCGGGGCAGUGAGGGUGGCCAAGUACCUGGACUACGAGACCCAGCAGUUCUACAACCUCACCGUGGUGGCGGAGGACGGAGGCUCACCGGACAAUAAGCUGCGCUCCACGUCGUUUGUGGAGGUGGAGGUGGUCGACGUCAAUGAGAACCUGUACGAGCCCUACUUCACAGACUUCGUUCUCAGGGGGGUUGUAAAGGAGAACUCGCGCCUUGGAACCAGCGUCAUGCAGCUGACGGCACAGGAUGAUGACAGAGGUCGCGACGGGGUCAUCAGGUACUCCAUAAAGGGUGGAAGUGGCCUGGGCAGAUUCUCCAUUGAUGAGGAAACAGGAGUGAUCUACACCGCAGGCACGCUGGACUGUGAGACGCAGGACUCCUAUUGGCUGACGGUGUUGGCCGCAGACCGGGGGGUGUCGCCCCUCUCCACCUUCAUCGAGGUGCUCAUCCAGGUGGAGGACGUCAACGACAACGCCCCGCUGACCUCUGACCCCAUCUACCAUCCCUAUAUUCUGGAAAAUUCCCCCAAGGACAUGGCUGUGCUGCAGGUGUUGGCAGAGGAUCCCGACGCCACGGCGAUCGUCAACAGCCGCCUGACCUACAGGAUCACGGCCGGGAACCCUCAAAACUUCUUCACCAUCGGUCCUAGCACAGGGCUAAUCCAAACCACGUCCAGGAAGCUGGAUCGUGAACAGCAAGCUGAACACUUCCUGGAGGUGACGGUCAUGGACGGCACUGGCAUCUCCAGACAGGCCACCGUGUGGGUCAUUGUCCAUAUCCAGGACGAGAAUGACAACCAGCCAGAGUUCCCAGAGACAGUGUACCGCAUCAGCGUGCCUGAGCGGGGACGGAGCAAGCGAGGCGAGCCCAUCUACCGCGUCUUUGCCUACGACCGCGACGAGGGCCCAAACGCGGAGCUCACCUACACCAUCGUGGACGGAGCCCAGGACGGGAAGUUCUCUAUUGACCCCAAGACCGCCAUGGUCUCGUCCAGGAAAAUGGUCACCGCAGGCAGCUACGACAUCCUCACGAUCAAAGCUACAGACAAUGGCAACCCCCAGCUGUGGUCCACCACUCGGCUCCACAUCGACUGGAUCCGGAAGCCGUUGCCCUCCACGUCGCCCCUGCUGUUCAAAGCUCCUUACUACAACUUCAGCAUCUCUGAGAGUGCCAAGGUGUCUGAGAGCGUUGGGACGAUCUCAGUACAUCAGAACAACAUACCACUCUGGUUCGAUAUCACAGGUGGUCGGUCCUCACAAGAGACGUUCUUCAUCCCUCCAACUACAUGUAGUAACUGCUCCUUUGAAAUAGGUUUUUACGACGGCCCAUUUGACAUCAAGAGGGGGAUGGGUACUAUAGUAAUAGCCAGUCCUUUGGAUGCAGAGCUGCAGUCCUUCUACAAUGUGACCGUGCAGGUGACGGAUGGAACCAAUGCUGCCACCACUCAGGUGUACAUCCGGGUCCUGGACAGCAACGACAACUCUCCAGUCUUCUCCAGCCCCACCUAUGAUGUCACAGUCUCCGAGGACACCCCAGCGGACACCGAGGUGUUGAUGGUGUCAGCUACGGACCCAGACCGGCGCUCCAAGCUGAGUUACUCCAUCCAUGGCAGCGUAGACCCGGCAAGCAUGCGGAUGUUCCAGAUCAACCCGGGCACCGGGGUCAUCUACACGGCAGACCGGCUGGACUACGAGGCCCGCACACAGCACGUGCUCACCAUCAUGGUGAAGGAUCAGGAGUAUCCCUACUACAGAGACCUGGCCAGAGUCUUUGUGGUGGUGGAGGACGCCAACGACCAAGCUCCCUACUUCACGAGCACUGUGUAUGACGGGGUGGUGUUUGAAUCUGCUACGGUUGGACAGGCCGUCCUGCAGGUCACUGCGAUCGACAAAGACGAAGGCAGAAAUGGAGAAGUUGUGUACUCAAUUGAAGCAGGUAACACAGGGGCAGCAUUUGGCAUCGACCCUGUCAGUGGCAUCAUAUCCGUGGCCAGAGAGUUGGACCUCACCUCUGUGGGAUACUACGUUGUGACCGUCAGAGCAAUGGAUGGUGGCACCCCGUCUCUCAGUGCCACGGCGACGGUCAGGAUCUCCGUUUCUCUGUCAGUCUCCUCUAGCCCAAAGUUUACCCAGCAGGAGUACCAAGCGGAGGUCACUGAGAACGCCGCCAUUGGAACCUUUGUCACCACUAUCAGUGCCAUCAGCCGGACGGCACUCAUGUACGAUAUCGCCCAGGGAAACGGCGAGAGAAGGUUUGCGCUCAACCGCUACACAGGAGUCAUCACAACCCAGAGAUUAUUGGAUUUUGAGACAUCGACUUUCUUCACGUUGGUGAUACGUGCCAUUAACAUGGCCGGGGUGACUUCCAAUGCCACUGUCACCAUUCAGAUAGUGGACACCAAUGACAACGCUCCCAUAUUCUGGCAGCUGAGGUAUACAGGUAGUAUCAGCGAAGCGGCACCCAUCAACAGUAUUGUGAUGAGUGAGAACGGCAGCCCUCUGGUGAUCCAAGCCAUGGAUGCAGACCGCAACCAGAACGCUCUCCUGAUCUUCGACAUAGUUGAGGACAAGGCCAAAUCUUUCUUCACUGUGGACUCUGGGACUGGGUCCGUUAGAACCCUGUCCAACCUAGACUACGAGACUUCUACUGAGUUCUACUUCCAGGUUCACGUCAGGGACAGUGGGAACCCUCAGUUGACAGCUGAGCGACCGGCAGAGGUGGUAAUCAAGAUCACAAACACCAACGACUGUCCACCAAAGUUUACCCAGGAGGCUUACGACACAGUCCUGCUUCUGCCCACCUACGUCGGUGUGGAGGUUCUCCGAGUGGAGGCAUCGGAUCCCGACUUCGGUGGUCUUCAAGGCGAUCUCAUCUACUCCCUUGCUGACAAUAGCAUGGAUCAGUUCACCAUGGACGCAGCAACUGGUGUGCUGUCUGUAAAAAACAGCAGCCUCUCUAAGAGCCGCUAUCGGUUCAAUGUCAAGGUGUCAGAUGGACGCUUCUUCAGUUCAGCAUUGGUGACAGUGGUGGUCAGGGAAGCCAUGGACAGCGGGCUCGUCUUCAGCCAGCCAUCCUACUCAUCCUCCAUUCUCGAGAACAACGUAAACGUUACCACAGUAGCCAUCGUCAGGGCUACCGGCAGCCGGCUUAACGAGCCCCUGAAGUACACCCUCCUGAAUGCCGGAGCUUGCUUCACCAUCAGACCCACAGCAGGGGUCAUCCAGACCACAGGGGUGCCCUUUGACAGGGAGGAACAGGAGAGCUACGAGCUAGUGGUGGAGGCCAGUCGAGAGUAUGACCGCGUACGGGUAGCAAGGGUGACUGUCAGUAUACAGGUGGAGGAUGUCAAUGACAACGCCCCAGAGUUUACAGGCCUGCCAUACUACGCCUCUGUGCAGGUGGACGCAGAGCCAGGCUCAUUGAUUUUCAAAGUAUCUGCAACAGACAGAGACAAGGACAUCAACGGAGAGGUAUUCUACACUCUGAAGGAGGAGCACAGGAAUUUUGAGAUGAACCGGCAAACUGGUGAGCUCGUCUUGAAAAGGUCCUUUGAUGCAGAUCUGUCAAAUGUCGAGUAUAAAGUUGGCGUGCUCGCCUGGGAUUCAGGCUACCCGUCGCUGUUUACUACUGUGGACGUGCCUGUAACAGUCGUGAACAAGGCCAUGCCUGUGUUUGAAAAGCCCUUUUAUGGCAUAUCCGUACUGGAGGAUAUUCCAGUACUGACCCCCAUCAUCAGCAUCAACGCCACUAGUCCUGAGGGACAGAACAUCAUCUACACCAUCGUAGAUGGAGACCCUUCCCUUCAGUUUGACAUAAGCUUUGACAGUGGGGUCAUCAGUGUUGUGUACCCCUUAGAUUACGAGGUCACCCCCUACUACAGACUGACUGUGCGGUCCACAGACACCGUCACUGGGGCCAGAUCGGAGGUUGAUGUGGACAUUGCUGUGCUGGAUGUCAACGACAAUGCUCCUGUGUUUGAAAAGUCGUCCUACGCAGCCACUCUGGCCGAAAACUCAGGAGUUGGCACAGCGGUGCUGCAGAUCAUGGCCACUGACAAAGACUCUGAUAAGAACAACGUGAUACGCUAUCAGAUUUUGUCAGAUGCGUUUAACAGCACUGAGUAUUUCAUCAUCGAACCGAGCAGUGGGCUUGUCCUGACCACACGCAUGCUCGACUAUGAGCUGAUACAGCGCUUCAACUUUCUCAUCAGGGCAACAGACAGUGGGGAACCUGCGCAAGGUAGUGAGGUCUCAGUCACUAUUGUGGUUGUGGAUGCCAAUGACAACCCUCCAGCUUUUAAUCAACUGGUCUAUGACGCCUUUGUGAGCGAACUGGCCCCAAGGGGUCAUUUUGUGACCUGUGUUCAGGCGUCAGAUCUGGACAGCUCAGAUGCCGAUCGGCUAAGGUACAGCAUCCUCUCCGGAGACGACAGGAUGAACUUCUUCAUGGGGGCCGAAACUGGCAUCAUCACCCUGUCCAACCAGCGAAGACAGGGCAUGAAGCCUCUAUACAACCUGAACGUGUCAGUGUCUGACGGUGUGUUCACGAGCACUGCGCAAGUGAUCAUACGUGUUCAGGGGGCGAACCUGUACAGCCCAGUGUUCAGCCAGAGGUUCUACUUGGCUGAGGUGAGAGAAAAUGCCCCACCCAGCUCCAGGGUCAUACAGGUGAGGGCCACGGAUGAGGACUCUGGGCUGUUUGGUCAGAUUUCCUACUCCUUCAUCAAUGACAUCGGAAAGACUCAGUUCAGCAUCGCUGCUGACGGCCUGAUCACCACAGCACAGAAGCUGGACAGAGAGAGCCCAGCCAGCAGAGACAUUGUACUGACUGUCAUGGCAUUGGAUGGAGGCGGACGAGCGUCUUUCUGCACCGUUCGAGUGAUGCUCGCGGACGAGAACGAUAAUGCUCCACGCUUCUGUGCUGUCGAAUACAGAGUGAGUAUCAAGUCGAAUGCUCCCAUGGGCUCCCUGGUGACACAGAUCCAGGCCCAGGACCCGGAUGUGGGAACCAACGGACGCGUGAGCUACUCCCUGUACAGCGAGGCCCGGCUCCCACUCGUGGACGUUCUGGAGAUAGAACCGGACAGUGGCUGGAUGGUGACCAAGGGCAGUGUGGAACACCUGAGGGGAACUGUCCUGUCGUUCUUUGUCAAAGCCACGGACGGUGGGACACCGGCCAAGCACUCGCUCGUGUCCGCGUUCAUACACGUGCUCCCUCCCGAGGCCACCAUCCCGUCCUUCACGCAGCCCCAGUACUCCUUCACCAUACCGGAGGACACACCUGCGGGCACGGCGCUGGGCUCAAUCUACCUGAGCCUGGGCCAGACUGGCACAUUCUCCGUUGUCAACGGUGAGACCGUGGAGAGCAACCUGGGCGGCACGUUUCUGGUGGAGCGCGAGACGGGCCUGAUCCGACUGAUCAAGUCACUCGACUACGAGGCCGUCAGCAACUUCCGCUUCAAGGUGUCGGCCGCGAUGCGGCAGGACUUUGUGGAGUCCAUCGCCGUGGUGGAUGUGGAGGUGAAGGUCCUGGACGUCAACGACAACAGGCCCACCUUCGAGACCAGCGCCUACGUUGCCAUGGUGAUGGAGGGCAUGCCGAUCGGCACCCGGGUGAUCCAGGUGAGGGCUCUGGAUCCCGACUGGGGCUCCAACGGACAGGUGGCCUACAGCCUGAGGGCGUCCGUCACAGACGAAAACAACGACAACAGGGGGCUACUGCUGCCACCCACCGGGUCGUCUAACUCCGGCACCAACGCCUGGUUUAACAUUGACAGUAAAACAGGCUGGAUCACCACGCUGGGAGUGAUGGACCACGAGACGUCCCCAUCGUACACCUUCAGCGUGGUGGCUUCAGACCUCGGGGAGGGCGUGUCGCUGUCCUCCUCCGCCAUUGUCAGUGUUACGGUUGCAGACGUGAACGAUAACCCGCCGGCUUUUGAGCGGGACUACUAUCGGGGAGCGGUGAGGGAGAGCGACCCACCAGGGGAGGUGGUGGCCGUGUUAAGCACCCGAGACGGGGACACAUCAGACCAGAACCGCCUCGUCAGCUUCCACAUUGCUGGAGGUAACCCAAAGGGUGCGUUUGCACUGGCACGGGUGCAGGGCGAGUGGAAGGUGUUUAUGAAGCGUCCUCUGGACCGUGAGGAGACAGAUCUGUACGUGCUUAACAUCACCGCUAGCGACGGACUCUACAUGAGCACAGUAGGCGUUGAGGUCACCAUCAUGGACGCCAAUGACAACAGCCCUGUGUGUGCUAAGGACCUGUAUGAGGCCUCACUGCCAGAAGAUGUGCCGAUUAACAAAGGGAUCCUAACCGUCUUUGCCACUGAUGAAGACAUCGGAACCAACGCAGAGAUUCAGUAUUCACUCUAUGGUAUUGGAGUGGAGGAUUUCUUCAUGGAUACCGGCACAGGUGAGCUGAAGACGGCUGGUGCCCUUGACCGGGAGAGGACAUCCGUUUAUAAACUGAUAGCACAGGCCACCGAUGGAGGUGGUUUGUUCUGUCGCUCGGAGAUCUCUCUCACCAUACUGGACGUCAACGACAACGCUCCCUCCUUUGCCUUCUCUCAGUACCUGGCCUCCGUCUUUGAGAACGCCACUCCCAAAGCACUCAUCACCCGGCUGAAAGCCAAUGACCUUGAUGAAGGUGUGAACAGGAAGGUGGUGUACUCUCUGGUGGAUGACGCCAGUGGCGUGUUCUCUAUUGACCCCUCGUCCGGCGUCGUGGUUCUGGAGAAGGAACUGGAUCGGGAGCAGAUGGGCAACUACAAGAUCCGGGUGCAGGCAUCGGACUGUGACGGGGCAGAGGGUGAGGGGGCCCUGUCCUCUGUGGUGGAGCUCACCGUCAUGGUCCUGGACGUCAAUGAUAACCCGCCCGUGUUCCAGAAGCCGGACUACGCCGUGGCGGUGCCCGAGGACGUGGCCAUGGGGGCGGAGGUGCUGAGGGUGUUUGCCACCAGCGACGACAUCGGGCCCAAUGGGGAGAUCUACUACAGCUUCUUCUCUGGCAACGAGCAGGGCCGCUUUGCCAUCGACGUGGCCAAAGGCACCAUCACGGUGGCUCGUGACCUGGACUACGAGGUGUGUAAGGACUACUUCCUCAAGGUGCAGGCCUGGGAUGGCGGGACCCCUCCCCUCAGUGCCACUGCCAUGGUAACCGUGGCGGUGUUGGACGUCAAUGACAACGCGCCCUCCUUCAGUGAGGAUGUUUACAACGUCCUGGUCAGCGAGGACGCCAACAUUGGGGAGACCGUCAUCAGGUUGAUGGCAGAGGACAUGGACAGCAAAGUAAAUGGACGCAUCACAUACUCCAUCAUGAGGGGAGACAGGAGGAACCAGUUCUGGAUCGACCCCAUAACUGGACUGCUCAAAGUCAACAAGGAGCUGGACAGAGAAGCGAUCCCCAGCUACUCUCUGGCCGUCCAGGCGUUUGACAGCGGCUCUCCGGCCAUGUCCUCCUCCGUCACUGUCAACGUGGACAUCUCUGACGUGAACGACAGCCCGCCCGUCUUCACCCCUGCUAAUGCCACAGCUGUCAUUCAGGUGGACCAGCCAGCAGGCAGCAGUCUCCUCAAGCUGGUGGUGAGUGACAACGAUUCCCCUCGAAACGGCGCCCCCUUCCAGUUCCGCAUCGUAUCAGGAAAUGAUGACAGAGCGUUCAUUGUGGACCAAUCAGGAGAGCUCCGUUCCAGUCGCGUGAUUGGCCCAGAAGACAACAGGGAGUACACCCUUGAAAUUCAGGCGAGCGACUCGGGCAAGCCUCCUCUGUCUUCCUCCUGCUUCGUGUCCGUGCGCGUGACCGGUGACAGCGUGUUCCGACCGGUCACCACCAGCCCUCUGGACAUACGCGUGGUCAUCCCCACCGACACGUUCCCCGGCGGAGUCAUCGGACGCAUCGUGGCCUCCGACCGGGACGCGGACGACGUCCUGUCCUUCACGCAGCGGCCGCGGCCCAAGAGCCUCUUCAAGAUCAACCGGCAGGACGGUAAGAUAGUGGCUCUGGCCGGCCUGGAGCCUGGUCGCUACUUCCUGAACGCCACAGUUAGUGACGGCCGCUACUCUGUGGUGACAGACGUGAACGUGCUGGUGGAGCAGGCGACAGAGGAGAUGCUGCGCUCGGCCGUCACGCUGCGCUUCCAGGACGUCAGCGCUGAGGACUUUGUGGAGCUCCACCUUCAGAAGAUGAGGGCCAUCCUCCAGGGCCUAACCCAGUCGGACCCGGACCCGGACCCUAUUCACAUCCUGAGCUUGCAGCCUGUGGGUGGGGGCGGCGCCUUGCUGGAGGUCCUGCUGGCCCUGGACGGGCCGGACGGCGGCUUCUUCAGUCCCAGCGAGGUGGCCAUGCGGCUGGGGGAGGCGGCCGAGGCCCUGGGGGGCCUGGCCAAGCUUGUGGACGUGCUGGACCAGAGCUGCUCGGGCACGCUGGAGUGCACAGGAGGCCAGGUAUGUGAGCAGAGCCUGAGCAUGGACCCCGGCUCUAUGGUCACCUACAGCACCUCGAGUGUCAGCCUGGUCACACCACGCUUCAGCCGCUUGGAGAGAUGCAUUUGCCCAGGCGGCGUGUGUCAACUUCCUCUGGAGCAGUGUGAGGGACAGACGUGCCCUGACGACAUGCAGUGUGUCCGUGCUGGCGCCACAGCGCCCUCUGUCUGCCAGUGUCAGCUCAGCAGCCUGGAGCAGUGUGCCGGUGGGACGGCCCUGAGCUUUGCGGGUAACAGCUACAUCAAGUACCGCGUGAGCGACGCCAGCAGCCGGUCGGCAGCCAUGAGGCUGAGCUUUGAGAUCCGCACGCUGCAGAGACGAGGAGUCAUCAUGUUCACACGCGCAGACCCCUGCACACUGCUGAAGAUGGAGGAGGGCCGCCUCUGUUUCCAGAUGGACUGUGACAACAGCCUGGACGUGCUGGGCAUCUCUGGUCGCGUCGUCAACGACGGCUCCUGGCACACCGUCACCCUGGAGAUGACGGCCAACUCCACCCUGCUGUCGCUGGACGACAGCUACGUCGAGAGCCGCCGGGCACUGAGGGCGCCCGCGCGCGCCAGACCCCUCGUCACCGACCCUCUGCUCUUCUUCGGGGCUCAGGUGCUCCUCCCCUCCAUGCGCCAGAAGAAGCUGCCCCGCCCCCAGGACGGCUUCCAGGGCUGCCUACGUUCCAUGACCCUGAACGGGAACCAGCUGCCCCUGCAGAACAGGCGCAGCCCCUACGCCGAGGUGGCGGCCGUCAGCGAGGUGCGGCUGGGCUGCAUCCUGUACCCGGACCCCUGCGCCUCGCAGCCAUGCCUCAACAAGGGACUCUGCACUGGGCUGCCGUCUGGAGUGUUUGAGUGCAGCUGUGGGCCGCGCUACACGGGGGAUCGCUGUGAGACGGAGGUGAGCCCUUGCGAGUCCAAUCCCUGUCAGAACGCCGCCGACUGCAGAAACAUGGGCAGCACCUUCCUCUGCAUAUGCCCCAAAGGACUCACCGGACUGCUGUGUGGUGAGGACAUCAACGAGUGUGACUGGGAGGAGUGUCAGAACGGCGGCUCCUGUGUGAACCUCUACGGCUCCUUCUACUGCAACUGCACGGCUGGCUUCCAGGGCCAGUUCUGUGGCCUGCUCUCCACAGAGGAGGAGGGGGUGCGGCCCCUGACAUACGUGGGCCCCGUGGAGAUGAUCGGAAUCGGCGUGCUGGCCUUUGUGGUGCUCGUGCUCCUCACCCUGCUCGCCAUCUUCCGCAAGCAGAUCCUGCGGAAGGACUGGGCACGGGCAGAGGCCGCGGGGGGGAUGUCCACCAAAGAGGCCAGCUACGUGCUCCGGAAGACUGGCGGCGCCGGUGGCGGGGGGAGGUCGGAUGGCAUCGAGUUCAAGGCUGUCCGCGUCGCCACAACAGGCGGACCCUCAACUGCCGCAGCUGGGACAAACACAAACAGUGGCACUGGCCUUCCUGCCGUGAUGGUUCGGCCAACAACGUACACGCUGCCCCACAGCCAGCUGGAGGCCACGCGCAGCUCGGAGGCAGACAAGACAGAGUCCUCGUCCGUGACCACCAGCGGCUUCGGAGCAUUACCAUGCCCACCGUUACUACGGCGAUUCCCCGACAGCCUGGGCAGGAGGGGCGUAGCCGUGUGCAGUGUGGCACCUCACCUGCCAUCAGGGUUAGGAGGCCACACACCCACCCGCAGCCCUGCUCACAAGGCACCCUGGGAAGUGGAACAGGAUGACGAGGAUGUGGACACAGAGGAGGCGAACACGGAGAAUCAGGAGGAAGAAGAGGAGGAGGAGGAGGAGGAGGAUUGCACAGAGGAGAGCCAGGAGAGUGCCUCUCUGGAGUGGCAGCACCCAUCCUACCGCUCAGAGAGCAGGAGCAGUGGGGCCCGGCCACAGGAGGUGACCAACUUGGUGGAAGAAGUGACACGUUUCUCAGACAACCAUUCCGAGGCGCGUUCUCUUCGAUCGUUCCGGUCGGACUCCUGUGAGGAUGACGUGGCCAACUUGAGUGAGCGGCAGAACUACGACGCCGGCAGAGUAAAUGCCUACCACUUGGAGAGGUCUGACUGGGUACCAGACCACCAUCUGGACCUCCCGCCUCCACCCUUCCAGCCUGAGCGCCCUCCCUCCAGGCUACCGGGCCAUCCUGGCCCCCUCCGCCUCUCCCCAAACCCUUCUGAGCGCCGCGCCCUCUCGGCAGAACCCCCUCUGAGGAUCCUCAGCAGCAACCACAGCCUUCACAACAGCCACACAGACUACCACCACACCGCCCCCACCCCCGCCCCUGCCGCUGGCCAUAACAGCACCGAUUACAGCAGCAUCGCCAGUGCCACCACCCGUAACACUGGCAGCGACGGUGGCUGCGUGGACUGCGAGGAGGACUCCUCACCGAUUUACGAGGACUACAGAGACAUUUACGACACGCUGCCCGCGGCUCGCCCGCUCUACCCUCUGCCGGGCGUGGGCGCGGGCUGCCCACCCCAGGGCCAGCUGCAGCAUCAUGGGCAAAGCCAUCAGGGGGGGCAGAGUCGGAGCACUGGCGCUACCAGCCCAGCACGCUACCCAGCGAAUCGCUACUCAUCUGUAGUCCAGAGCCAGGGAAAGACCCAGAGCCACAGCCAGGGUGGUGGUCGAACCCCCAGCAGUCCUCCUCGCCACCUGAGGGACUCCCUGCACCUGCACCUGCCGCCCCUGCGUGCGUGGGAGGAGCGCUCCCAGAGCUGGGCUCCCGACGUGCCGCCUCUGCGAGCGGGGAGCCUGCGGGACGUCGGGAUGCUGCUGUCAAGCCGUCGGGGCUCCACGCCGCCCAGGAGCCCCCACCACUACCACCACCUACGCCCCCCGCCCAGCAGCCCGCGAGGGGCCCCUCACGAGGGCUUCAUGAGGGACCUGCUGGGACAAUAUGGUGGGCGUAGGUACUGA